AUGUCAUCUCUAGUCGUAGUCGACGACCACGCAUAUGCGAUCCAGUAUCAGGGAAACUGGACAGCUGGAGGGAUCUACCCCGAGUACGACACCACGACUAGCGGGUCGCACAGCCAGGGUGACACAGCAACAUUCACGUUCACUGGGACCUGGAUUGGGGUGUAUGCAUCAACAGGCGCUCCAGGUGGCUGGGGCUUCCCUAUCACAGAGUUCACCAUUGAUGGCGGCCAGCCGGCGAGCUUCACAUCACUCAAUGUCUCCUCGCAAUCGUACCACUUCCCUGUCUUUCAGUCGGAUAUCCUCGAGGAUGGGCAGCACACGCUAGUGAUCAAUCACACAGAUGCAGGACCCUCUACGUUCUGGUUUGACUAUUUAGAAUACAUGCCUUCGUCGUCCGACUCGUCAAAGCAUUUGUCAUCGGGAGCGCUUGCAGGAGCUGUUGUCGGCAGUGUUAUCGGGGGUGUUCUAUUGGCAGCAUUGGUGGCAAUGGUAUACCUGUACCGUAAAGAGAAACGGGAGAAGCGGUCCAUAUUUGCAGAACUUUCUGGCUAUCAGCGGAUCGCCCAACAACCCGUGGCCCUGCUCCCGUACACACCUCAGGUUACUCCGACUCUCCCAAGUUCUAUUAAGUAUUCGGGUAAAUGA